GAUAAUGUCAUGUGUUUAAGCCCUGUGUAUCCACAAUGUUUUUAUUAUGGUUAUUUGCGAGUAUCGUCUGUGUAUUUCUCCCUUGGUCAGGAGAGCCUAGUGUUCUACAUGCAGAAUCUCCUGGGGAUAUAAUCAUCGGAGGACUUUUCCCUAUUCAUGUGAAAACCAAUAGGAGCACAGCGCCUGGACCACUCUCUUGUACUCAAUAUGAAAUCCAACAGUUUCUUCGCACACAAGUGAUGAUAUACGCCAUCAGAGAAAUAAACAAGCGCACACCAAGGCCUCUACCCAACUACACCAUAGGAUUUGACAUCUAUGACACUUGUGCAGAUGUGAGCUUUGCCAUCAGAGCGACGCACGAGUUGCUGAAGAACCAUUCAGACCCUCACAGCUGUUUGCUAGCUGAACCCAAAACAAAGGCAGUGAUAGGAGCAGGAAGUUCUGAAGUAUCAAUAGCUGUUGCACGUGUUCUUGCUCUGUCAUCAGUUGCUCAGAUUAGCUACUCUGCCACAAGCGAGCUUCUCAGCAGGAAGUUGAAGUUCCCCACUUUUCUGCGAACGAUUCCUAGUGAUAAACAUCAGACAAAGGCCAUUGCUGAGCUGGUGAAGAAGUGUAAUUGGAAAGCAGUGGGUAUUGUGGGAAGUGAUGAUGAGUAUGGGAAGUAUGGUAGUGAUACCCUUAAGGAUAUUUUCGAUGAAAUGAAGAUCUGCAUUGAAUUCAGUGACAUCCUGCCUGGCUACUUUUCCCAGAACAAUUCAAAGGCCAAUGAGAGCCUGGAUGAGCUGGUGAGAAAAAUCAACAAUUCCACAGCUGAGGCCAUCAUAUUGUUCACCAAGCAAUCCAACGUCGCUGCCAUCAUUGGGGCCGCUGUUAAAUACUCUCUCAACAGAACUUGGAUUGCCUCUGAUUCAUGGUCCACCUCUGAAAAACUCUCUUCACUGUCAGGCAUUGAGAAGGCCGGGGAAGUUUUUGGAUUCAUCUCGAAAAGGAAUGAGGUGCCUGGGUUUAAAGACUAUGUAAUUUCGUCAAUGUUCAACGGGACCACUAACGCCAUCCUCAAGAAUUACAUGACUCUUUAUCCAUUAUGUCCCACUAAGUCUGAGGAGAACAGAGAAAGCAACUUCCCCCUAAAAAAAACAGCCAAAAAGAGCCUCAAGUGUCUGGACCCAAUGAACUUGACCAAUUACAUUGACCAGGAUGCAUCAUACAAUACUUACUUAGCUGUUGAAGUCAUUGUUGAGGGUCUAAGGAGCCUGCUAAAGUGUGACCACCGCCAGUGCAAAAGAAGCACUAACUUUACAGCCUUGGAGCUUCUUAUGGAAAUCAAGAAAGUUAACUUCACUGUGAACGGCACACAUAUUCAAUUUGACUCCAAUGGAGACCCCUGUUUAGGAUAUGACAUUCUAUAUUGGAACAUGACUCAAUCCAAUGAGAGCAUAACACGCAUAACAAAAAUUGGAGAAUACGAGCCAGAAGGAAAUAUCACAGUCCCACAUGAUCUUGUUAGAAAUAAGGUAAAAGCAUUCAAUUGCUCUAAAACUUGUAAACCGGGGCAGGAGUUGAAAAAGCAUUCCAAAGGAGUGUGCUGCAAUGAAUGUGUUCUAUGUGCAGACGGAGAGUAUUCUGAAGGAGAGGAAUGUAAACGCUGCGAGACAAAGGAAUAUUCAUCUGAAAAUAGGGAUAAGUGUUUGUUGAAAAAGAAUGAUUUCCUAAAGCGGUCACACCCUUUCAUUGUCUUUUUGAGUGUAUUGGAAUUAUUUGGUAUAAUUGUCACCAUUGGUUUUGCUGUUGUGUUUACAAUCUAUCGGAAAACUCCCAUUGUGAAGGCGGUCGGGGGUUACUUGAGUUUCGUGGAGCUUUUUUCCUUGCUGGCCUGUUUCUGCCUUUCAUUAAGCCUUACGGGAAAACCAAAUCACACUUUCUGUAAGGUGCGACUGCCACUCUUCGGCAUUGCUUCCUCCCUCUGCAUCUCGUGCAUCCUGGCAAACCUGCUCCAAAUCUUAGUGGGCUUUAACUUUGACUUGAAGAAGAGGUCCUGGAUAAAGAAUGUCAAUCAGCCGCUGGCUGUUGUGACAAUCGUCUCUGGGUUCCAGGUCAUCCAGUGUGUAAUAUGGAUGAUCUAUUAUGGCCCACAUCCUAAAGAAAUCAUGUUAAGCAAAGCCAUCCUCACUUAUUGUGACAAGGGCUCCGAUACAUUCUUCAUUACCAUGUUAGGAUACAAUGCCUUCUUGGCACUUAGUUGUUUCCUGUUUGCUUUCAAAGGUAAACAGUUGCCAGAUCUGUAUAAAAAUGCAAAUCUAAUCAGCAUCAGUAUGCUGCUAUUUUUAAUCGUUUGGAUUUUCUUCAUCCCCAUUUAUAUUAAUUUGAUCGGGAGUUACACACAAGCCAUUGAAAGCAUAGCCAUUCUGAUUUCUUGCUACGGCAUCCUCGGCUGUCACUUGGCCCCAAAAUGUUACAUUAUGUUGUUCAGGAAAGAAAUUAAUAAUGAGAAAGCAAUUACCGAGUACAUCAGGAAUCAUUACGAGCAGACAAACAUGCCUGUGGUGACCUCAUGAUCACACAUCCAUAAAUGAUUUGGUUCACAAGAAUACAGCUUCCUGUGGUGAAAUCAUAGCAUCGUUUUAAUAUGUAUCAGACGGCUGCUUAACAUAUACAUCAAUAGUUUGACCCAACGUAUUGAUUCAAACAUGUUUAAUUAAAUAAAUAAUGUUUGCAUUGCUUCUGCUAUGAUAAAAUGUUCCGUUAUACUAGCAACAUUUUGAGCAAGUCCAUUUACAUUUUCUUUCUAUAAACCGACUCAAACACUGCGAGAGCCCACACCGUUGUUCCCUUAAGUGUUAAAACUUUCUGUCUGUUUUCUUCUGUUGUUCGCUUAGUGUUUACUUCUUGUCUGUCUUUUUCUGUUGUUCCCCUUUGUGUUUACUUUUUCUUCUUCUGCUGUUCCCUUAGUGUUUACUUUGUCUGUCUUCUUCUACUGUUCCCUUAGUGUUGACUUCCUGUCAGUUUCUUCUUGUGUUCCCCUAAGUGUUUACUUUGUCUGUGUUUCUGCUGUUCCCUUAGUGUUUACUUCCUGUCUGUCUUCUUCUUGUGUUCCCCUAAGUGUUUACUUUGUCUGUGUGUUUCUACUGUUCCCUUAGUGUUUACUUCCUGUCUGUCUUCUUCUUGUGUUCCCCUAAGUGUUUACUUUGUCUGUGUGUUUCUGCUGUUCCCUUAGUGUUUACUUCCUGUCUGUCUUCUUCUUGUGUUCCCUAAGUGUUUACUUUGUCUGUGUGUUUCUGCUGUUCCCUUAGUGUUGACUUCCUGUCUGUCUUCUUGUGUUCCCCUAAGUGUUUACUUUGUCUGUGUUUCUGCUGUUCCCUUAGUGUUGACUUCCUGUCUGUCUUCUUCUUGUGUUCCCCUAAGUGUUUACUUUGUCUGUGUGUUUCUGCUGUUCCCUUAGUGUUGACUUCCUGUCUGUCUUCUUCUUGUGUUCCCCUAAGUGUUUACUUUGUCUGUGUGUUUCUGCUGUUCCCUUAGUGUUUACUUCCUGUCAGUUUCUUCUCCUUAGUGUUUACUUUGUCUUUUUCUGCUGUUCGCCUAGUGUUUAAUUCCUGUCGGUGUUCUUCUGCUGUUCUCUUUAUUGUUGAUUUCUCUGUCCUUUUACCUUUUAACCUAUUUCCUUGUCUUGUUUUUUGUUCUGUUCUUCACUUUGGACACUUUAGGAAGCAUGAAUCCAAAGUUGUGUGCUCUCCUUAAAAUAUAAAAAUUAUUAUUCAAUACAUAUUCAAUGGAGUUUUCUGAUGGAGCGAACAGACAGAAACAAUUCAACAACAAUGUGUUUUUUGAUGCAGAUAUACAUGAGUGCAUAUGGUCCCUUGAUCAGAUUGUCCUUAGCAACGUUCUGCUAUCCCUAGCAGCUGUCUGCUAUAGAGAAAUAACAGACCACUAAAUGUCCAAAUAGACCAUUGAGAAUUGAUUAUUCAACUAAGCUGUGUAAUGUAGCGUGUUAAAUACUGUAGGCAAAACAUUAACCUAGAGACAGAGCCAAAAGGUUUCCGCCUUUUGCAAUUUAUGUUAUAACUCAAGCUAAAUGGCUGGCAGCGUGUUCACUUGUAAAAUGCUAAUUUCUUGGGUUAGUAAGUUAUUUCACAUUACUGUAAUGAUUUUCUUCUUGCUCUGAAUGUAUUUCAUAAAUAUUUACAUGGAUGAACAUUGUGUGAGUGCAUGAAGAAAUUAAUACUGACUAAGAAAAACUAAUGCUUUAAAUCAUCCCAGUUAAACUUUUUUCCACACUAAGAUUCAUAUUUUUUUUUUAAACAACUUAAAUGUAUUACAUGUACCUAUAAUGUACUAUAUUUAAAUAAAAUGUUGUGUAUACUCGUGUUAAUAUUGUCAUUUAGGUAUGAGUGGUGAACAUGAGAUUGUUAAUGUCUGUAAAAACUGUUUGAGCAAUGUUUUGUCAUGAAGUGCUGUAUACUGUGAAUAAAUGAACUUAUUUCG